GAUGACGUCAGCUCCUGCUCAGCGCGUAAUUUAAAAAUAUCGCGCGGUACUUCCUGUUUACAUGAGCCGGCUAGCUUUUUGUUUAGCUCAGAGUCAAACACUCGGCAUCGCACCAUUUAUACAUAUAAGUAAAGUAUUUUAACUUGAGGCCGCAUUUCUUUCAUUCGGCGCACUUUCGGCUGUUCAAGGCAAAUAGUGACGUAAGCUAAUCAAACUGCACCCGCGUUGUUUGUACCGUUAACCGGCGGUAACGGCUACUUCGUGAGCAAGACCGACGGAUAUUGAUCAUUGUUUGGUAACGUGACAGUCACUCGUUGGUCCACGUUAAGUCGCUCCCUGACGGCUAACUUGAUGACCUGACUAGCUUCCUGUCCACAAUGGAGGACAGCGCUUCUUGUUCUUCGACGGUCGACGGUCUUCCUCGCGAGUCUUUCCUCGCGCGGACGUUGGCCCGGUUGUCCUCCACACAGUGUCUCAACGUGAGCGCCGAGGGGGCGGCUCCCGUCGCCGUGGUGGCGCUGCAGCGGUACUUAUCCGAGAAAAGCGAGGGGCUCGACAGCUACAGCUACGACGUCACGGUCACCGACGGGGUCUGGCGGGCCAAAUGCCUCGUGCACCCGAGUUUAAAUGGCCUGGUGCACUCGAACAGCCUGCGGACCGGGGGCGACAUCGACAUCACGCAGUGCUCCUUCGUUUACGACGAGAGGGUACUGGGACACGGUUACAUCUGCGUGGAGAAGCUCCGGUGCGGCGCGGAGAGGUCUGCGCUCCUGUCCCGCGUGAAGGACGUGGGUGCGCUGCCCAUGCUGGUCCGGCGGGGCAUGGAGUGCAGUGCGGCGCUGCGAAGCGACGCUCCUCUUCAGGUGAGCCGCAAACAUUACCUGUCUCUGUGGAACAACGACGACCCGGAGGGGGACAUCUGGACCUCAGGGUGCUCCUCAUCUGACACGGUGCUGGAUGUUUCCAAGAUUACUCUGCUGUGUAGUCUGGAGUCGUGCUUUAGAAAGACUUGGAAACCUCUCCCUCUCCUGGUGAAGAUAAUACACAAGUCUAGAUUACGGUAUUAUGGGAAGUUUGAGCUCAAGAUCGAUUAUCCUUACCAGGCGUACUUUGAAGUGGCUGACCAGAGUGGGACAAUGUCCCUUGUGCUUUGGAACGAACUUUGCCCAGAGUUUUACCAGAGUCUGAGCGUAGGCACCGUGUUGUACAUCCAGAAUUACACCUUGAAGCAGAGUUACUCCAACCGAUCACAUCCGCAAAUGGACCACCACAGAAUGAAGAGUUUUAACUCUGUGGAGAUCUGCCUGAACCCUCGCAACCCUAUUUCCUUCCUCACGUUGGUCUCACCAAAGACUGUACUGCCUCAGUGGGGGUUGCCCGAGGUUUGCUAUCAAUUCACCACCAGGUCAGAGUUGGAAAACGUAUCGCACAAUUCUGCAUGUGACGUCAUCGGUUUGGUGACAUUUGUUGGUCGUGUUGAAAGAGUCAAGAAUAAAGGGAACAAGGGUCCAGAAAAAUACUGGACGUAUCGCUGGAUCCACGCGGUGGACGGGACGUCUGACCUUCCUUUUGUCCUGGAGGUUUUUUCCACUUCCCAGCCAGAAGUCUUCAGCCGCAUAUGCCCGAUGACCUACCUGGUGUGCACUCAGAUGAGAGUUCGCCAUGUGGAAGGCUCGUUGCCCUACCUCACCAGCAGCUGCGAAACGGAGACGUUCAUCACAGGCUACCACAAAGGUCAGCCGUAUGUGAGCGACCCCGGAGUGAAACGCUUCAUCCAGUGGACCAAAACUCUCAAGGACAACGUGGUCCUCCAGAAGACCGCUGUUGGUGGUCAUUAUUGCUACCCUCGGCCCCCUCAGGCAUUCAGCCAGUCAAUCGCAGAUGCCUUAACUCAAGCUCCUCUGGUGGCUGCAGCGGACUUGAAGAAGGAGUUAGAGACUCUGCACUAUAGGGAACAUAAAAAAGUUGCAAUUCAAGGACAGAUCACAGCGGUGCGGUACAUGAAAAGCCCAAAAACCUCUCGAGGAACAGAAGAGAAAGAGGUGCAAGAUGUUUCUACCGAUGCGUGUGAACAUGCGGUACCAGAUACGCACAAGCAUCCCUCAACAGCUGAGCAGACUUCGGUGGCCAGUUCAACAUCUGCCUCUCCUGAGAGAAUCUCAGCCAGUGGAAGGAAAAGAAGAAAUCCAACGAGAAAAGCCACCAAGUCCUCUUUGAAUCGGGUCAGCGCGAUGGCAAAAAGGAGACAUAACGAUACAGAGGAAGGACAGGAGCAAGAAGAAGAAGAAGAAGAAGAGAGGGACUCUGGAUCUGAGGAGGCUCAGGAUGUGGAACGUCGCCAACAGCUGCAAAAUCAAGACUCCGACGUAAUGUCUUGGGAGAGCAGCAGUUGGCUGAAGCAACGACAAGAAGUGUCUGAACAUCUGGUUCGAGGCGGUCUGCACCGGGCCAGCGUGUCUCGGAGGUUCACGUUUGACGAAAAGAAUGUGCUCCUGCAGCAAAGUAACCUUCAACCGACGCGCUGGACGGCAGAGGGAAACGCAGACAUUACUCCUGGGGUUUGUCCAGGAUACUACCAAGUAACAAUAUUAGGCAUAAACAAGCAGAUAGCCGUUGAUGCUGCAUAUUUGCCCGUCGUGAGGUCCGAUGAGCCCGGGGCUGUCGGCCUUCCUCAGGAUCCCCACGACAACACCAUGCUGUCCUGCCUUUCGUCGGGCUUCCUCUGUCCGCUCCGCGACACCGGCAGCAACGGCGAGUCGACGCUCCCUGAGCCAGAGGAGGUCUUGGCGACCGCCCCUGAGCUGGAGGACACGCAUGUCGUGUGCGUCUUGGACCUUUGCCAUCUGGGUGGAGACGAGAUGGAGGUCCUGAUCAACAAGGUGUACAGAGUGACGGAGGUUUCUCUCAAUUAAGAUCAGCAGCAAACAUCAAUCAUGUCAUUAAAAUGUCACUUUGGAUAGAAAGAGCAAACGUUUUAGACCAAAUCUGAAUGUGAUUCUGCUCUAAAUUCUCUGAUUCCGUUCCAUAUGUACAGCACAUGUCGCAUCGUUCUUUAAAUAAUGUUUUUGAAGAGAGGAGGAAGGUAAUGCAAUCAAUUAAAAUACUGAAAUACAAGA